AUGCCCAGCUCCAGCCUUAGCCUCAACACCCAGGUCCUUCUUCUCCAGAGCAACAACAUCUCCUUGGUCAGCGUGGAGCUCCAGGGUUUGGCCAACCUAACAGAGCUGGACCUCUCCCAGAACCACUUCAACCAGAUCCAGGACAUUGGGCUGGGGAACCUCAGCCAGCUGGUCACCCUGUACCUAGAAGAGAACCAAGUGACGGAGCUGCAGGACUUCAGUCUGAAGGACCUGGCCAAUCUAGAGGAGCUCUACAUCAACCACAACCAGAUAUCCUCAAUUGGGCCCAAAGCCUUCACAGGCCUCACCAAUCUCCUCCGGCUGCACCUCAACUCCAACCGCCUGAGAACCCCAUCCUGGGUCUGGAGGAUAGGAACUUCCAUCCCCUCUCCAGGCUCCACAGCCUGGUCCUGGCAGGAAUGGGGCUACAGGAGGUCCCCUCUGAAGCCUUCCAAGGUCUUGAAUACCUGGAACCCUCGGCUCUCCUACAUUGACCGCGGGGCCUUCACGGACAUGGGGGGACUGCGGACUUUGCUGGUUCACAACAAUGACAUCAGCCUGCUUUCUCACGAGGUGCUGUCGUCCUUCCCCAGUCUGGACGAGGUGAGCCUGCACAGCAACCCCCUGAGGUGUGACUGCCUUGCAACCUGGGGGCCAGCUCUGGGGAACCGCUCUACCCUCAAGCUGUUAGAGUCCCAGAUGACACUGUGCUCCUCCCCGCCCCACUUGGUAGGCCACAGCCUGCAGGAAGUAGUGAGUGGCAUUUGGAAUGUGGGUACAGCCUAUAACAGCUGUCUUCCCCACAUCUCUCCACACACCUUCCCCCCACAGCUCAACGUCACUGCUGGACGACCUCUGGUCCUCAACUGCUGGGCCCAGGCAGAUCCGGCCCCCCAGUUCUACUGGGUCACGCCCACUGGGGACAAGGUUACCUCUGAGACAGGAGGGCUGGGGAUGGCAGAGGGGCGGGGCAGGAGGAAGCACUACCUGCAGGAACCCGGAGCCCUGGAGGUUCUUCAUGUGGAACCGGAGGAUGCAGGUCUGUACACGUGUGUGGCGUGGAAUGCCGAAGGUGCCGACACACGCAGUGUCUCUGUGUGGGUGGAGAAGGGGGAAGACUGGCAGGAUGGCAGGGUGAGUGGCAGUGGUAGGUCCAGGGGCCCCGGUUCAGUCAACACCACCACUGGGUCCCUGGUGGUUCUGGCCAAGAUCAUCCAUGCCCAGUCUGUGGUUCUGGAGUGGAAGCUGUACCCAUCCUCUUCCGUUCCCUCCUCCGUGGGGGCUCACGAGGUGCCCCAGCUGCCCCAGCCCCGCUGGGCCAGUGCCACCAUGAGCAUUCACAACCCCCAGAUCAGUUACAGUGCCCAGGUGCCCGUGGACGUCCAGGAGUACAACCUCACACACCUGCUUCCCUCCACUGAGUACCGGGUCUGUUUGACCGUUGCUGCUGCCGCCCCCGCCUACACCUCUGCUCAGCCCCACACCCAGCGCUCCUGUCUCAACAUCACCACCAAAGAAGCCAGCUUCGCUGUGGAGAUGGUGGCACAGCCUGCAAACGUGGCGCUGGCGGCCGUGAUGGGAUCCUUGUUUGCCAUCUGUAUAAUGGCUCUCCUGGUCGUGUAUAUGGGUCGGAGGGUGAAACAGAAGUCCUGCCACCAUUCCCUGAAGAAGUACAUGCAGCACGCCACCUCCAUCCCCCUCAACGAGCUCUACCCACCCCUCAUCAACCUCUGGGAGAGUGAAGCGGAGAAAGAGAAGGAGGGCUCAGUGGACCCCCCUGGGUCGCAGAUAGACACUUCCAAGACUUACAUGUGGUAGUGGAGGACUGGAAGAGAGACUACAUACUCUCAAGAAGAAGUUUAUGAACUGUUGUGUAUUUAAUCUAGUUUUUCUGAUUCUCAGAUUUAAGAGUAAGAUGUCAUUGUGAAAGAUACGUAUUUUUAGACUGCAAAUCUCUCACUUGUCCUUCCCUUUCGCUCUUUCUCUCAAGCACACUUAGAUAUAUUGUUGAAUAAUCAUCUUAUUGUAAAGCAGUUUUCUUAUAUAAGGAGAUGUGCGCAGCAGGCCAACUAUUAAGUGGCCAAACACCUCCACAGAAAUACAUUCUAAUACCGCAUGUAUUCUAUAUUUUAAUUCUUUAUAUAAUUCACUUCACAGGCAAUAUUUAUGACACCACGUUGAAUUUUUCCCAGAGCGAGAGCACCUUUUAAACUCUGACUUGCCCACUCAUGCUCACAGGUAGAGUCUGGCUGUGGUGGGAUCUCUUGCAUGUCAACUUGCAUGUUCCUCCUGUGUUCUCGGGUCCCUGGUCCUCUCUACCAAGCACACAGAUGUGAGGAGAUCAUUAUUUGUUUUCUUCUCCUCCGCUGUUCGAAAAUGACAGUAUCUGACCUGUUAUGAUUGUGUAUGUUUUAGUAUGUGGUUCUUUACACAGCUGUACACAGCCGUGUGAGAUCAGUGAUCUCUCCGAACAAAUUGAGGAGAAAGGGACCACGUAUAAACGGUUCUGUUUUCUUGCGUUUUCCUCUCCUCCAAUGGAUGAGCAGUUCCAGUACUUACAUCUUAAACUUUAGCUUUAACAAAACCUGACCCAAGCCGAUGAGCCAGCCUGCAAUGGCAGUCAGGCUCACGCUAUUGUGCUUUCACAGGGAGCACUGCUGUUAUUGUUACACAUAAUAGAGAAACGGCGUCUGAAUGUACAUGUAUGUUUUAUUUCACUAGCCAUUCAUUUCCCUUGAUUUCAGCAGAAAUAGUUUCUUCAUGAUAUUUACAUAUAAGCCUAUGCAGCUUUGAUCAGUUCCCUUCACUGUAAGUUUACCUCUUAAUAACCUUUCUAACUAACAUUGAUCAGGAUGCGUUAUGCAGACUGGUUUAUUUUCACUGCAUGGACAGUUAGUUGGUCACCUUGACACAGUGUAUCUUCACUCACACAGUGAACAUUUUAAAUGCUCAAUUUUUGUCAUCUCCACUUCAACACUUAAUUUACUUGGUAAAUAGAUGUUUUGAGGAUAUCGGUUAGAGGUUGCACAUUAAAGCAGUAAUUCAUUGCAUGUCUUUGCACUCUUGUUUCUUGACUGUUUUAAACCAUGUAUGUCAUACUACAUAGCAGUUAACCAGGUGAAGAUGGACUAUCUGUUUAAAGUGCAGUGCACCUAACCAAAUGUACCCUAGCAACCAAAACAUCAGUACCAGACUACUCAUACUACUUCAGGAAACAUGUAUUGGGCAUUAAAAUUUCAUGUGGGGGAAUCUCUUUUUAUGCUUAUUGUAUUACCUAAUGGAGUUAUUCAUUGGGUUAAACGGUUAUUGCUACGUUUAUUUAUUUAGUCUAUAUUUCGAAACCAAUAAUGGAGAGUGAGAUUACAUCCCACGCUUCUGUUUAUGAAUAUAAUGAGGUGUACAAUCAAAUCCAAGGAUUUUCAUUUAGACAAUUAUUAAUUUGAUUAUCUGUGUAUGAUGAUUUUAUAGCCUAUUGUUCCACAGGUGCUGGUAAAUACAUAUUUUGAUCAACAAUAAACAAGAAGGCUUUGGUAAAACGAGACUAAUAAAUCAGGGUGAAUUUGGAAAUGAGAUGUUAACAGGUGUAAGAACUCCCUCCGGCGGUAGAAGACUGAAACAGCGCAGUGUCCUGUUCUGUAAUGCCGUAGUAUACGAUAUGCUAUUUAAUUAGGUAAGAGUUGACAGACGUGGUAUGCAGGGUAUUUUGUAACAUUAAGUUUAUUGUUAUAUUUAAAUCAACGUUUAGUAUAUUACUCAACAGCACUACGUGUGAGUGGUCUAUUGUUAAGGGUGACUGUGUCUGCGGAGAUUUCAAAUUAAUAAACUUCAGUAUC